UGCAGAUACACAGCCGGCCUGACAGGCAACGUAGCGCCCGGCGCAGCGGAUUCCAUGGUAAACUACACGCUCAGCCACCAUCACCAGAACGGCGCCGCCGCGGCAGCUGCCGUGUCCGCAGCUGCGGCCGCAAACAGCGCCUCAGCUUCGAUGGCCUCCGUAGCUGCCCAAUUCUACCACCAGGCGGCCAGCGCUGUCGUAGACCCGCUCACGUCUUGCUCGCAACCCACCGCGCCUGGAGCUCAGCCCAUUCCGGACAUACCCAGAUAUCCAUGGAUGUCAAUCACAGACUGGAUGAGCCCGUUUGACAGGGUCGUCUGUGGUGAGUACAAUGGUACAUAUUUCUUUUUUUAUUUAUUUUUGUUUGUCACUAACAUAGAAUUUAAGCUUUGCUACUAA